CCGGCGAAGGAACGGCGAUACGGUUGGCAGCCCUGGGACGAUGCUUUAUGACAGGUUCUUUUUCCGGCUAGAUCCUCAGGUGGAAGCACCGUAGUUUUCGUAGUUUUCUCCAACCUCCAGCAAAAUGAAAAUUUGGAAGGAUAUCUUCACCGGUGACGAGAUGUUCUCCGACACCUACAAGGUGAAGUUGGUGGACAACGUCAUGUACGAGGUGUACGGUAAGCACGUAUCGCGCACCUUGGGUGACGUGCAGCUGGAUGGUGCCAACCCAUCGGCCGAGGAAGCUGACGAAGGCACGGAUUCGGCCACCGAGAGCGGAGUCGACAUCGUCCUGAACCACCGUCUCGUCGAGACCGGUUUCUCCGACAAAAAACAGUUCACCACCUACCUGAAGGAUUACAUGAAGAAGCUUGUGACCAAGCUUGAAGAGAAGUCGCCUGAAGAGGUUGAGGUGUUCAAGACCAACAUCAACAAGGUAAUGAAGGAUCUGCUCGGACGCUUCAAGGAUCUGCAGUUCUUCACCGGUGAAUCGAUGGAUUGCGAGGGUUUGAUUGCCAUGCUCGAGUACCGCGAUAUCGACGGUGAAUCGACGCCAGUGCUGCUGUGCUUCAAGCACGGUCUGGAGGAAGAAAAGUUCUAGAUACCUUCCGUGCAGCAUUACCGACAUCUUUGCUCGUUCCGCAUCCCAUAGCCUGCCGCUGCUGUUAUCACCUCUUGCUCGUGCGAUGGUGGCAUGCCUUGCCUGUGCCUGACUGAUAAGCGUGUACGAAGACAGCUAGCUAGAGAGUUGAAGAGAGCGAACAGAACAAAGAGAGAAGGUAUGUUGUGUAGCCCGACAGACGUGUGCAGGUUUUGCAUUUCUUUUUUAUCUCCAAAUUUAAAUAAGUUUCCAUUUCAAAGACACACUACACGCCGACCGCUUAUAGAAUUGUGCUCCGUUCUGGUAUGAUUUCCGUAUUUAUUGAAGAAGAACAGUCUAGGUGAGAGAUAAAACUGGCUGUAGGAAGAGAGAAGGUGGGCUAGUUUGUGGUGUGAUUAAUCCCGAUCCGUGGGACAGAUUGUUGCCUGCGUGAUAGUGAGAGCUACUGUUGAACGCACAUUUGCUUGUGCCAACUUUGGUGUAUCUUAAUUGAAACGGUCAAUGCCCUACUCAGGCCCUUCUCUUUGAGUAUUGACACUAGACAUCCGGCGAUCAGACAAACAAUUGGAUACAAUCACUCUUUAUUUUAUAGUGAUGUGCAGAAAUACUCCCUCAAUCGAUCAUUACUCGUUAGGUUUCCGGUGCAUGUGGAACGCGAGCGGCGUGUGUUGCAACCACAGCACAUGUUAGCGUUUCACUUGUUACGGUUAGUGAUGGACAUGGGCCAGGAGCAGGAAAACCUCGUUUACACACGAUUCCCAAUCGAAAGGCAGGUAGCGCGUAAGCAUGGCAUCUCGCAUUCGCGAGCUCACUUCUUCUGGUGAAGGAUAGCGAAAUCUAGUGGCUGCAGCAAGAGACUUUACACCUUCUUUGCAGACAAUUUGACUAAACAAAACGAAAAGAACAGAGCCGAUAAACAACACAAGCUUCCUCAGAACAAGAACAUCAAAUAAAGAACGACUGAAAGAAG